CUUAAUGUUUCAGUGUAUAAGUACAUUUUUUUGUUUUCAGCCGAGAGUAACAUGUAUCCCUAUGGUUUGAACAACGGUGAUAGCGAGUUUCGUUUUGGCGACUCCUACUAUUACUACUAUGGCCACUGCUUAGAACUCAAAGUAGAUCGCUUUGGAUUUCCAUUUUUCAGCAAGAGGCAUUACAAAUUACAUGUACGUAUGAUCCCUUGAUAUGUAAACUGCACCAAGGAAGUUUCAAAGAUGCCCCAUCUGCUGUUCGAAAACAGCAGUAGUAGUGGGCCCUUGUGAUAUCUUCUUUUCUGUUUAGUGUUUUCGAAUUGCGUGUUUAGCAUUUUGUCUGACAGACACCCAAUUAUCUACUGGAAAUCAUGUUGUUGUUGUUGUUGUUGUUUUUUUUUUCAUUUUUAUGUGGCUAGUAAAUAACAUAUAUAUAUAAUUUCGCGAAUCCACAGGUUUUCAGGCUUUUGCUUCUUGCCUUCUCCCGUAAACUCGACAAACAAUCGAACUUUGUCUAUCACAACUUCCAAUUUAAAGUACAUUUAUCAAAUUUACUUUGCAGAUAUGCCGCAAUGGAAAAAUACAACUAAAUUAUGAGUGGAGUUUUUGGUGGCCUCAAAAGUUCGGUGUGUAUAGAUGGUUUCGAAAUUAUGCAAUCAUCGCUCCAUUCUGGGCUCUCACGGACGAGUAUAUUGCUUUUAAAGCUAAAUAUUCAAAAGUGUAUUAUCACGUGUACAGUCAAGACACUGAUCCUACAAGAAUUCUGGACAGAGCCUCGAAGCAUGUUCAACAGUUUGGUGGAGAAGCAUUCUCAAACUUUCAAGCCAAAUGGGUUUUGGUUGUAACCUGGGAAAACUUAUGUCCCUACGUUUAUUAUCCAUGGUACUACUAUUACUACAACUGGAUAAUACCCAAUCUUAAUUGUCGAUGGGUAAGUAAUAGUUACUUCUCUUAUGAGGAGUAAAAAGAGACGCUUUGUUCAUAAAUAAAAUUUUUCAGUUGCUGGUUUCCCUGGGGCUGGACAUCGCCCAUAGAGAAGCCAAGCGGGGUUUGUAACCCCGGCCCUGCUUAGGAUAAAAAAAGAAACCCGAAAGGCCCAUUCUGUAUACAUGGUUUACGUCAUAGAAAGUGCGGCGUACAGGGUAAUUUUCACGAGCUGUUUGUGUCAAAAUCCGAAUGAACGAGUGAGGGUCUUUUGAUACAAACCAACGAAUUAAUACAAGCCCGUAAAAAGCGCUUUUUAAGACGUGAGCUGUUUAUUACACGUAUAAAGAGAAUUUUCACGGAACUAGAAAAAGCAGAUCGCAAAUAUUUGAACCAAAUGCAAAUUUAAUAGAAAUGGCAAAUCUCACAGCCCAGUAAGUUCCCAUCGAAAUAAAGUGCUGAACAGAAAAUGCACUUACAAGCUUGAAGCAAAAGACCUCAGCGAAGUGGGCACGUAUUGUUCGGCAUCGAUAAAACAUGGACUGGAUUAAUAAAACAUGGAUUAAUAAAACAUGGAGUGAUAUAACGAGGAUUUAUGACCAAGUAAGGGCUGUUUCAAACGUCGUGCUACUGCCGUGCUAAGCUGGCUCGACUGUAGCUCGACUGCAACACGACACUAGCACGACUUGGUUUCAGACGUCGAAUUUAAUUCAGUCGAAUAGAACGGCUGUUGCGGAAAAUAAAACACAAAACUAAAGAAACGAUUUAGCAAAAUUUUUAGUGUAUUCUAAUGUAUUUAUAAUUUAUGAAUUGAGUUCGGCAAGGCGGUAGCACAACGUUUGAAAGCAAGUCGAGCUACUGCCCUGUAGCACGGCAAGGCUUGCCGUGCUACACGGCAGUAGCACGACUUGGUUUCAAACGUCAAGCUACUGCCGUGCUAAAGUCGAAUUUAAUUGGAUCAAUUGAGUUCGGCACGGCAGUAGCACGACGUUCGAGUAGCUCCUGCUUUCUGUCACGCAAUAUUUCCGGUCGGACAUGAAAUGAAAUAGGGCCAGUUAUAUUUUAUCUUACUUUUUCUCAAAAGGGUCACUUUUGUUUGCCAACAACAAAAGUAUUUCGUAUAAAAUAGACAGUUUCAUUAAUUAUUCAAACUGUCAAAUUGAUGUUGUCUUUUGGCCAGUGCGGGCGAAGUAUCGCGCCUAUAAUAUCAGGGUGCGAUGGCCCCACGGAGCGGAUACUUGCAUUUGUAGAUCGGCUCAUUCACCCAACAGCGCAGAAACAAGACUCCUAUCUAAAAGAUACGACAAACUUCCUGAAUUUUAUUGCAAGUACAAAAUUGCCUAAAAAUACAGUCCCAGUCUCUAUGGACGUUACUAUCUUACUAGUCUCUACACCAACAUACCGCACGAAGAGGGCGUAACCAUCGUAUGUCAAGCAUACAAAGAUUUCAAGUGCUGUUUCUUAUAUUAACAGAAAACUCUUUCCAAUUUUGCGGUAGCAACUACCUACAAAUCCGUGGAACAGCCAUGGGAACAAAGAUGGCCGUUGCUUUUGCAAACAUCUUCAUGGCCAGAAUAGAAAAACAAAUAUUGAGUCAGAGUUGCAUCAAACCGAUAUUUGGAAAAGGUAUAUUGACGAAGUGUUUUCGCUAUGGAACACGAGUCUAGACAAAAUAGAGAGCUUUGUGGAAAAGACAAAAAACUUUCACUCUACGAUAACAUUGACCGCUGAGAUGUCAUAAACAGAGAUCAUGUUCUUGGACACAAAGGUGUACAAAGGGACUAGAUUCGACAAGGAAUCAAUCCUAGACGUGCAAACACAUUUUUAUUUACAAACCAACAGAAACAUUCCAGUACACGGACUUCUACUCGUGUCACCCAACAGGCGUGAAGAAAGGCUUCAUUAAAGGAGAAGCGCUCAGGCUUCUAAGGACUAAUUCCUCUCAGAUCACAUUUGAGAGGAAUAUCAGAAAUUUUCAAAACCGCCUGUUAGAAAGAGGCUCCCCUGUCGCUAUUUUAAGAAAGUACCUCUCUGAGGUAGAAUUUGCCGACAGGAAAACAGCCCUACAACAGAGAAACAAAUACGCUCGCAAAAAAAAUUCUACCUUUUGUUACACAAUACCAUCCGGCUUUACAUAGCCUGAAGAGAAUACUUAUGGGGAAACGGCACCUUAUACAAAACCAGCAACGACUAAGAGAAAUCUUUAAGGAGCCUGCCCUCGUAUCUUAUCGCAAGAGAAAAUCUCUUAAGGACCUUCUGAAGGCCACAUAACUUCCAAUACGACUAAGUGCAGGAGUCGUGUGAUGCCCGUCGCUUAUUUUUAAUGUUUAAUCUAUGUUUUUUUAAUCCAUGUUUUAUCACUACAUGUUUUAUUAAUCCAUGUUUUAUUAAUCUAGUCCAUGUUUUACCAAUCCAGUCCAGUCCAUGUUUUAUCAAAUGCCGUAUUGUUUUCCGUCUUUUUUUUAACUCGCAGUAGAAAAAUUGCGAUUAACACGUCGAGAUUUCUUGCAUCAAUGUUCUCCAACUCUCUCGGCUCGUUCCUUGAAACUAACAACUUUUUCAACAACGAAACAUCUGUUUUUUCUUAAUGUGUUUGAUGCUGCACAAACUGACAUAAACCUUUCACCGCUUUCAUUCGUCCCCACCAUUUUUUGAAGAAAAAUUUGGAGGAGGCGCCACUAAAAGCCGCCAAAUCUAGAUAGUCAUUUGAAUGCAAACGAUUAACGACUCCCAUUGGCUCAGAAAGGCGUUUACGCUGUCGUUGAUUGGUUAUACUUCAACAUGUGAAAACGGCUGUGCGUUAUUCUGAUUGGCUGUAUAAGCUUUCUCAUAUGUGAAAACAAAGCGUAUAGUUUUCUAUAAAUAAGUUUACCAAAUAAAAUUCUCGUGAUGAGUGUAAUAAAAGACAAAACCUCUUUGUUGUAGAACAAUGUUUGAAACGAUAAACAAAAUAUAGCUAAUGCUACUUUUUAGGAUAAAUUACGACUUUUUUAGACAACGUCGCAAAAAAUUGUGUUCUCAGGACAGAUAAGCUGGAAGUACAUGCCGUGGAUAGCAGUACGUACAUCAAUACUUUAUCUAAUUAAUUGACGAUUGACGUCAUAAAUCUAAUGAACUCAGCAUAUAGUUUUCGUUAUAGGUGGCACGCUUUUAAAAUCACGUUCAUUUUUUUUUCACCCUCGGUGACCCAACCUUUUUGUUGUUGUGUCGUUGUUGUUCUUUGCAGUCUAACACCUUUCAAGCAGUCAUCAUCACAGAUUUCCUCAACUCAUUUUUGAUGUUCAAUUAUCCUCAUGGAGGAAUUCAAUGGGUUGCUCCAGUUUUACCGUAAGUACAGCCCGUUAGACACGUAACACGUAACACGUAACAACCUUCUGUCAAAACUAAGCCAGGAUCUCUCUCGGUCUGACAGUGUCGUCUAUUUAACAUUUCAACGUUCUAUGUGAAAAAUAAAGCUCUGUGGAUGACGGUGUCUCAUAAUUGACAGCUGUUUCCCUGCCCCAUUAGUUUGAUAUUUAUUCUAUUCUCAAUGAAAAUCGCCUAAUCAAAAAGGACGUACAUGCCAAGCGUAUAAAUAAAACUUGCGCGUUAACCUCUCUUCGCUACUCGCCUUUUUACGCGCGUUCACCGACUGGGCAGUCUCUAAUUAAAGCAUACGCGUGCGCGCUAAAUCCUGGUCAACAAAAUCUACAACGUGGUGAAGAAAACUGAAAAAUUCAAUACGGAAAAGGCGUUAGCUUUUUCAAUUUUUCAUAGUGUAAUUGAAGUUUGCUUUUUCUUUUGUUUAUUGAACUUUUGGACUUAACGUUUAGAGAUAUUAAUUAAACACUUGAUAAUAUCGUACUUAACCUUUUGGUUUUUAGAUACUAUUAUUAUUACUGGACAAGGUGGUAUGGCAUCCCCGCUGCUGGUUGGAACGCAGGCGAUAAUGGUCAACACUAUUUAAACAUGAAAGGGUAGGACUAAGAAAUUUCAUAUGUUACUAUCUUUGUUUCCUUGGAAGUACUAUACUUCCUGUUACUUGCCGCAAAAAAGCAAGAAAGCAAGAAACGGUUCGUGUUUGAAAUUAAACUAAAUGAAUUUUUUAAGGUAGCUCGAUGGGGUUUUUCAAGGCCAAUACCUCCCAAGUUUGAGAAUAAACUACAUCGUCAUUAAAUUUGGAAAAAUACCACCACAGCUGUAUUAGAUAAAGAAGAAAAAUGGUCAUGAUCUGUGUUACAAAGACAUCAGGGUUGUCACAGCAACGAAAUGACGCCAUUAGCUAUUUUAUUUGCAGCCGUGUUUCUCCGCAUUAGCUUUUUCCUCUAAUAGCUGCCUCGACGUUGGUGAAGUUUAAGCGAAACAUAUGAGAGGGUUAUCGAGAUAUUCUGGGAUGAAGUUUUCAUGGUUAGAAAUAUGGUAAAAACUGGAAAAUCUUAAUAUGCAACUUCUUUGUCCGGUAACAUUACAUACAAUACAAUACAAUGCAAAUUUUAUUGUCAACUCCCCAUGGGGACUUUUCAGAGACAAGCAUUAAUAGUACAGGUAAUCAAAAAAAGAAAAAAAAAAGGAUCACAAAGUGAUUAUCAAUAAACUAUUAAGAAACUAUUUACAUAUAAAUUUAUGGCAUUAAAAAUUGAUUUAAGAGGAAGGCUUUCAAUUUACGUUUGAAAAUGAUAAGAGAUUCACUUAAUUUAAAAUGGGGUUUUAACGCAUUCCACAAUGUUACAGUUCUGUAAUAAAAAGAUCUCAGUCCCGACUUGGUUUUAAAAAGCGGUAUAUUAAGCUGAGAAGAUGAUCUGGUCGUCCGACCACUGAUAUUCCCUCUGGAGAUAAAAUUUGAACUGAGGUAGUUUGGUACCUGACCUGUCAUAGAUUUAAAGGCCAAGAUGGCGUCUCUUAGAUACAGGUGGGACUAAACUGGUAUCCAUCUCAGGUCUUUCAGGGCUGGAGAUACGUGAUCAAACUUCCUUGUCCCAGAAACUAUGCGAGCAGCGAAAUUCUGUACUCCUUGUAGUUUGCGUAUAUUGCUGGCAGAAGUAUUCGACCAGACGGACGAGCAGUAAUACAACUUACUAAACACGAGAGAAUUAAUUAUUGUAACAAGUAUGUCUUUUCUAAAUAUAUGUUGAACUCGGCUAAUUUGCCCUAGGGCAGACAUACAAGAUGAUGCUGUUUUAAUUAUGUGGUCGUUGAAUGAGAGUUUACUAUCAAACGCUACACCCAGGUCCUUAACAGAGUCGACGGGUAAAAGUUCUUUACCCAAGAGGGUAAGGCGAAAAUCCUGAAGUUUCGAUAUCAUUUGCCGACUUCCAUAUACAAUCAGUUUAGUCUUGUCCGGGUUCAGGAGUAGCCUAUUAUUAAAACACCAAUUACGUAGUUUAAUAAGAUCAUCGUUCAUCGCGGCCAUAGUCGGUUCACAGUCCUGCACUUGGAAUGACAUAAGCAAUUUAGUGUCAUCAACGUAGCAGUCCGUGGAACAGUGCGGUGGGAUUGAUGGCAAGUCAUUGGUGUAAGCCGGGAAGAGCAAAGGACCGAGGAUACUUCCUUGGGGAACACCGUACCGUACCUCAUUAGCAGGGGUUCGGAAAGAGCAGUAUUUAUACGCACAGCUUGGUACCUGUUUGACAAGUAGCCCUUGAACCACAGGAUGGCAGAGGAUGACAAGCCAAUAUCUUGUAAUUUUUUAAGCAGAAUAUUGUGGUUGACACUGGCGAAUGCUUUGCUCAUAUCAAGGAGAACUACUGCUUAUGUUUUCUUUUGGUCAAUUGCGGUGAGAAUGCGAUCAGAAGUGUAGAUCAGUGAAGUCUCGGUGGAAUGCAACGAUCAUUCUCUCCCAAGGAGGGCAUAAGUUGAUUUAAAGCGAUACGCUCACAUAGUUUUGAAAGAACAGGUGAUAGGGAUAUAGGGCGGUAGUUAUUUGGCUUUUCGUGAUCGCCUUCUUUCAACACGGGGAUCACUUCAGCUGUUUUCCACUCAAUUGGAGGUAUUACUUGCGAGGGACUCGUUAAUCAUAGACGUCACGGACGGCAAAAUAGCAGGAAGGCUAUACUUGAUCACUCGAAUGCUGAUUUUGUCAAUCCAAAUGAACUUGAACUUGAUUGGCUCACCAUCGAAGAGCUACUGCGUUUACGUAGCGUAUUCAUGACCUUUUAAUCAAUAGUGCUGUGCUCAGUUAUUUUUAAAGUACUAAGCUUAUAAAACGCUCAGAAACUCACUCGUAUUGCACAGAGCAAUCAACUUAACCUCCCUCAGUGCUGAACCUCCUCCGCACAGUGUGCCUUCCGCUUCAGUGCUUCUGAAUAUUGGAACAGUCUUUUCAAGAUAUUAGAAACUCUGCCUCUGUUGAGGUUUUAAAGGUUGAGGCUUGAGAUAAUCAGAAUGCGGAAACAGAAAAUUUACCCGUAGUUUGUUGAUCUUUUCAAAAUAACUGUUUAUUAGCUUUUUAACUUUUCAUAAUUGUUGUCUAAGCAUUCAAAUUCAAUUGUAACUUAAGUUUGUCUUUUAUACAUGUAAUUUUUACUUAUCUCUUACAUUAUACUUAGUCCAUGAUUUUUAGUAAAAAUCAUGUAAAUUAAUUCUGAAAAACCUAAUUGGGAGAAUUAAUAAAGUGUAUUGUAUGUCAUGGUAACCCUGAUCAUAAAAACUUUUCAUCUUUACAUAAUAGGGCGGUGGUGGUAAUUUUUCCAAAUCUAGGUUAAUAUGGCAACGUAGUUUGCACAAACUUGGGAGGUAUCGAAAAACCCUAUCGAGCCACUUUAAAGUAUUUUAUGUAUUUAUUUUAGUUCGAAAACUUUGUAUGGCAUGUAUGAUCUGGACAAGAGGGCAGGAAACACAGGAUUGACAGGAAGCUAUUUUUGGAGGAUUGACAACAGUGAUGGAAGAAAGGCACUGGAUAGGUGUUUCACUUGGGCUUUCUUUCAAGGGGAAAUCAACUUUCUCUACUGGCACACAGUCUAUGUUAGGUGGGACUGGCGCAUGGCCUGUCCUUGCUCGGGUUGGCAAGCAUGGUUUGACAGAAGAUUCUUCUGGGACUGGCGAAAGUAUUCCUGGCCCAAUUGGUGCUUCGAGUCCAGACGAUCAAAGUAUAUUUGGUAUUACACUGGUAGACGAUUUGUAUAUUUCAGCAUGAGGCAACUUUGCUGCUACUCCACGGAUUGGCAGGACUGGGGCUCUCUUAAGAUUGGAUCCCCUGACGGCAGCCGUGUUAAAAUGCAGCUUCAUUAUUAUUACAGCUAUUGGUGGUGGUGGAAUCGUGAUCAAAGUGUUUACAACGACCAGCAGGCCUAUAAAUAUUGCUGUGUUGAUAUACCAUUUUGCGAUUUGUUCUACUAUUAUCGCCCGUCUGAUGACUGUCGGCAGUAUAUACCUCCACGAAGACGUGAGUAUAUUCUACAUACGCUCUCUAUUCCUUCGCUAAGCACUAUAACCUACUGGCUGACCAAAUACAUCAACAUACCAAAAGACUGAGCUGCCUAUAAGGGGAGGCUUCUCCCGAAAAGGGUACCUUUUACAGGCUUCAGCUAAAUGACAGCUUAGUUAUUUCACUAGUUAAGUGUAAUAAAGAGUAGUCCUUUGGUCUGUAAAAACGUUCUAAAAUUUUUCGAGAAAGCGACUAUUGAUAUUUCGUAUUUUAUUCGUAUUUCGGUCAAAAUUGGUAUGUAAAAGGGUAAGGGGCUGCACUUCAGGGCGGAACCUCCUCGUUUAAACCUUUUUUAAGUAUCCCCCCGAGGGGCGGUUGAUCGACCGACUAAACAACCUACCAACCCAAUUAAAAGACAGUCGAUUGACUAAAUUAUCGAUUGCAAGAAGCUAACUGACUAACGGCCUGAGAUGAUAAAUUACAUCGAUCUACCGCCAACCCUAACGAUGUACAGAAGUAAGGACUGGGGUGGACAAAGGGGCUUGCUGUUUAACGACUGAUUGAUUGAUUGAUUGAUUGAUUGAUUGAUUGAUUGAUUGAUUGAUUGAUUGAUUGAUUGAUUGACUAACUCUUGAAUGCCUGUGGACCGUUGAGCGGCUGGCUGGCUUGCUGACUGACUAGACGACGGCAGAAUACGGGGGCACCCAACGACAAUUUUUGGAAAAUAUCUGUUCAGAAGACGAUUUGAGAUUAAGAAUUUUCGGAACAUUUGUUGUAAAUGUCGUGCUUGCCUGCCUCUCCUAGGAUUUUCGAACAUCUAAAAAAUGGUGUAAUUGCCCAUUUUUAACGGAUUUUUACCCUAGAGGUCACCUAGAAUUUUCGGGAGCCUUUUUUCUGGCUGAAAGUUUCGAAAAGGUAAGUUUUGAUCCCUAUAACUUUCGCAUCACUAAACUUUCAGCUAGGAAAUCCGAACAGAUAAAAAAUUGUUGGGGAUAAAAAUAUGCCUAUAUCUACCGUUUAAAUACUAAAAUACGUUCAACAAUUCAGUGUUUAAGUGGAUUUGAACUAUAUUCUCGUUGGGUGCCCCUGAGAAUAAAGUAAAAGACCUGAAUGGCAUCACCGAAUUGAACGACUUACUAACUCUUAAAAUGUUUCCAUGCCUUUCAAUUUCAAAGGUUGGUUUUGGGGAGAUCCUCAUUUCAAGACUCUGGAUGGCGGGAAUUAUACUUUUAAUGGCCUCGGUGAAUUUGUGAUGAUCGAUGCACAAAACGGAACCUUUCAACUGCAAGCCAGAACAAGCCUGGCCCAGGGAAACUCGACUACUGCCACUAUUUUUGCAGCUGGAGCUGCUAAAGAAGAGAACACGAGUAUCGUUGAAGUAAGAGUGAAGAAAGGAGGUAAGAGAUGAAAUAAAAGUCCCUGGAUAUUUUACGCGCAGAAAAUUAUUAAUAAGAUGCGGUUGAAAAAUUUUAAUACCCUCGAACGUCGACAAGUGGCCCAUAGUAACAAUGGUGGAACGAACAUUUGAUUGCAUGUGACAUCACCUUAAAAGGCAUCCUAAAAUCAACAACAGAAAAGCGUUGUAAAGCCUACUGUGCAAAUAAAGGCUGAGAUCGCUGAAAAAAAAAGCUCAACGAACAUAGCAAUGAGUGUAAGGGAGUUCAAAUUGAAACUGCGGCAAACCUCGUUUCAGCAAAUAUAAUAAUACAUCAAAUGGGUAUUUUUAAGAAUUCUUUUUUUCUCAUAGGUCUGUAUUUUCUCUUACUUUUUCUUUUCUUCUUUCUAUUUCCUUUCUUUUAGGGUUAUUAUUACUACUCAGUAUUUUUUUCUUCUUCUCGAGAUACAUUAGCUUUUACAGCUAGAAUGUAAUUCUGAGGUUUAAAUAAAGGUGAUGUUGUGUUAUGUUAUGUUCUUAUGUUGCGACAACGAUCACAGAGACAGAAGUUAGUUUGGUUGGUUUCCAUGUCAUAGUAGUCACAAAUGUCAUGAUUUUUCAGACCGCUAGACGUUUUAGCGACUUUAUUCGGUGACCACAAAGAGAAACAAGGCUUGAUACAGCUUGCAUAUAAACGGCAAAAAACUUCACCACCUUUACAAACACAGCUUCUUUAAAACAUUUUUUGUUUUGUUUUUCUUAUCUCUUAAGGUGGAAUUGACAUCCUUAUAGACCACACAAUUUACAGCAAUUACAGCAGUCUGUCUAAUGAAAGUGUAAACGCAGGAAGAAAUCUUUCCAUCUCAAAACCAGAAGAAAACUGUUUAGAGGUUUCCUUUCCAUCACUAACGUCCGUAAAAUUCUGCGAGAAAAAGGAAAUGAUGUCGUUUAUUGUAACUCCUGGAGAUGAUUAUAAAAAUGCCACAAAAGGGCUGCUAGGAACAUGGAAUGAUAAUCCAAAUGACGACUUCACCUUGCCUGAUGGGACGGAGCUGCCUUCGUCUUUAACUUUAAGAGAGAUUCACUUCAAUUUUGGCGUUAAGUGUAAGUUUAAUUGCUUUGUAAAAUGACUUUAGAGCUUACAAAUUGUGUAUCAAUAGCAUAAAUGAUAGAAAAUAGUAAAUUCUCCGUGGGACGAUCAUAGUUAAAGUGCACUUAGCUGCUAGAGCUAGUUUUAGGCACUCACUUGAAAAGAUAUUAUGUACACAGAGUCAGAAUCCUGAAUUGUUAAGAGGCAACCAGUUAAAUUCUCGAUGAUUUCUAUAUCUUUACUAAAACAAAGCAAUUCUUUUAAGGGCGUUUUAUUAAUUUCAAAAUAGUACAAUUAUGUACCCACAAUUAGCUAUUCUCUGUGGGUAAGAAUAAGAGAGAGUGAGUUUAUUCUCUCUUGGUAACAAUACAAUACUAGUCUGCAACAAUACUGAGACCCUUCCAUGGUUUUGACAGGGAAAAUCCGUCAACACUUCUGGAAAAAACGCCUUCAAAUCAGUAAAAUUGCCCAGUUUAAAAAUGAUUUUUUGAAAACUAACCAACUCAAGAUAUAGCUCUGCCAAGUCAAGUCGCGAAAUUUUACAGAGGUUUGUGUGGUGGGGUGCAAGUUCGUGCCCCCACCAAACAAAGGUCUGUCAAAUUUCGCGCGUUUAUGGAGCAAUAUCUUUGCUCUUUUUGGGUGUAUCACCUUUAAACUUGGUAAGUUUUCUUAUUCUAAGGCCCACUUUCCAGUGGUGUUGAUCAGAGAUAUUCGCUCACUACUCUUUAUUAAAGUUGUAAGAAACCGUGGAAGGAUCUAUUAUCCAAAUUCCAAGAGUCGGGAAAGAAAGAAAAAUGAUUAUAGAGAAAACGGCAAAACAAGAUAGCACUAUAGUCAGUGCGCUCACUACAUUUUAUAAGGAAUUACCUUCCGUAGAUAUCAGAGGUGUCCAAUGUAGUUUUGAAGGAUGGUAAUUAAUGUCAACCAACUGGUCCAAGUCUUAAUCAGUCUGAUCUCAUUUAUUGUUGAUUAAACUUUUAAUUAAACUUUUUUUAAUUUUUUUUUUGUGAAAUAAUGAUCUUUUUCGCUCAAAACGCUUCCUCCGAGUAAGCCUACAAUCACGCCAGUUUAUUCAGUUUUCGAACACUCAAGAAAUUAAGACAUUUAUGGUGGAAAUUACAGGAUGGUUCUCCAUGAUAUAACUGCUUUUAGCAAGGGAAAAAAAUAGAACGACGUUAAAGAUAUGAAAAACGUCUUAUUAUAUUGGUUGGUCCUGUAUAGUCGCCUUGAAGAAGUAGCUAUUGUAGUAAAGGAUAUGUCCAAAGAGUAGUUACUGAAUGAACUCGUUGUUGGCCUUAAUGUGAACUCCAAUAAUAGCAAAUAAAUAGAGAAAACUAAAGACAAUUUUAUACUCUUCAAAAUAAUGUUUUAUUGGUGUACUUUUAGGGCAAAUCAACCAAUCUCAAUCAUUGUUCACGUAUGCUCCAAACGAAAGUGUGCAUACUUUUUCCAAGCCUGACUUUGAGCCCAUAUUCGCGGACAAUAUCACGUGGCAUAACGAUAGUUUAAAGCAAGAAGCGGAGGAACAAUGUGGAGAUGAUCACGAGUGCUUAUUUGACGUAGCUUCAACCAAUGAUCUGUCUGUUGGCCUAGUAACCAAGGAUAUCAGUGCUCAGUUGGUGAAUGAGACAAAUGCUCUUGGUAAGCAGAUCGUAAUACAGUGAAAUAUGUAAAUAGUCAGUCCUAGUCCUACUAAACGGAAACAAGGGAAAGUGCCUGGAGUGUAUGCUUAAUACAGGUAUUGCCGCAUGAUCAUGCAGAUAUCAAGAAUUGUAAUCAUGAAAGUAUUUACCCUUAUCAUUUGAAAAAGGUAACCCCACUUUUAGUUGAAAGUACACUUAAAAAAAGUAUAGAUUACCCCUUCGCCAACUAUCACUUGGUUAAUGGCCAUUUUCAUACUAGAGACGACGGAUAAUUCAUCAAAAUCUGUCAAAAUUGACGGACAAACAGAUGUAUAAGGUCACGCGGACUGUUCAUCUAAAAUUAAAACCGUUUCAUUUUCAAAUUGAGACGUAUUAUGUCUGACGCGAAUUAUCUAAUCCGUAUCAGAUGGAUAAUCCGUCUCUGGCGUAAAAACAGCCAAUGAGUGAGAUAUCUGAUCUUGUCCCUCUUCUUUUAAUGCUUCUACAAUGUAUAAUUUUUUACUCAGACAACUUUCCACCCAAGAUUGUAAACGUUUCAAGUGAAAUAAAUGUCACGCUGGAUAAGACAGUUCAGUUAAAUAUUACAGCAGAAGAUGAAGGCAUAAUUACAUUUCGAGUGAUCAAUAAACCAUCAAGUGCCAUCGUGAACACGAGUGGAAAUGUACUUCUCUUUACCUGGUCUGUCACAUCAACAAAAAGGGUAGGAUAGUGUACUUACCUGAAUAACAAAGGAAAUGAAACAUUCGGCGAACAUGGACGACUUCGCCUAAAGUGAAACAGGAUCAUACUCUUAAUAAAACUUCUUUAUCAUUCUUUAAGUUUUUUUUGUGUAUUCACUUUGAAGUUUAUACCAGAAAGAAAAAUCAACUAUUGCUUAUUUUUGUUCUUCAGGAUAAAAACCCCAGUUUGAUCAUUUGACUUGAAUGAUCAGAAAACAAAUCGAGUUUGGUUUUUAGAAAAGGAGUUUAAAAACCCCUUUGAAGAUGUUGUAACUUGAAUACUCUGUCAAAUGAGACUGACUCGUAAGAGUUUACGACUCUGAGGAAGAAUAAGCAAAAAUCAAUAUUACGCACCUAAAGUAUGAAGUGGCACUGUUUAGCUCAUUACGCAACAUGUUUAGACUCGUUCUCCCGGCCUUUUUGUGUCACUGACCAAAAAAUAUCAUUUUCUUUAUAAGUAGCAAAAACUGAAAGAAUUUUUCCAUUGUUUCAGUUUAAUCUUUCGUUUGUUGCUACUGACGAUAAAGGAGCGAGUGCAACCUGGAGUCCCAAGAUUAAAAUGUGCGCCUGCUACCAUGGUGGUCAGUGUGUUCCCCCAGAGGAAGGUGACGAAGUCAACACUGACAGCAAAUUUGUGUUUAUGGGCUGCGCAUGUCAGGGAGGUUACACGGGAAGAUUCUGUGAUAGUGACAUUGAUGCCUGCGAGAUGAAUGGUCAGCCGUGUUAUGCAGGUGUUAAUUGCACUGACCUUCCUGCGCCAGCUAAUGUUAGUGGAUAUACGUGUGGACCCUGUCCAACAGGUUUUACCGGAAAUGGAGCGCAAUGUGCUGGUAGGUGCACUCCACUACAAAUCUUGUGUCUCCACCAGUCGUCGGUUCUUUUUCAAAAUUUUAACCUUCCCGUUGUCUUUUUUUAGAGAAAUAAUGCCUAGCAGCAAAAGACAGUUUGAUGGGCUUUUAUGGGCUUUAUUAGUCUAUUAAUUUGCGGUAUUGUUCCCACUCACUAAGUAUCUUCGUUUCUUGCUAUUUUUUUCUCUUAGAUUUUGAUGAAUGCCAGAGUAAUACAUCAAACAUAUGCGAACAAGAAUGUGUGAAUGUACCGGGAUCUUUCACUUGUGAUUGUCGCAAUGGAUACAAACUGAACGCAGACGGACGUAGCUGCGAUGGUAACACUUUGAAAGAUUAUUUCCUAAUAGUGUUUUUAAUAUAUUCAUUUUCUGGAUUUUGAAAAGUAUUUCUUCCUUAAUUUUCUUGAAAUUCAUUUCAUUCUAUAAAUUCAAGAAAAUGGAGUGCGUAUAUGCAUAAUCAUAUGUCAAGCGAGGCCAAGUGUAUAACGCACAAACACUUGUUCGCGUCCCGAAGCUUUCCCUUUCCCUUGGACUGACCUCGAAUUCGUCUAUGUGCAAAGAACAGAGGCACCCAACGAGAAUAUAGUUCAAAACCACUAAACAUAGCAUUGUUAAACGUAUUUUAGUAUUUAAACGGUAGCUAUAGGCAUAUUUUUAUCCCCUAAAAAUUCUUCAUCUGUUCGGAUUUCCUAGCUGAAAGUCUAGUGAUCCGAAAAUUAUAGGGAUCAAAACUUACCUUGUUGAAAAUUUCAGCCCGAAAAGAGACUCCGAAAAUUCUAGGUGACCUUUUUAGGGUAAAAAUCCGUUAAAAAUGGGCAAUUAUACCAUUUUUAGAUGUUCGAAAAUCCUAGGAGAGUCUGGCAAGCAAGAAAUUUACAACAAAUGUUCGGAAAAUUAUAGAUCUCAAAUCGUCUUCCGAACAGAUAUUUUUCGAUAAUUGACGUUGGGUACCCCUGAAAGAACGCUAAAAAAAACUUGGCCGAUAUUCAGCCGUUUUGACGUCAGGCUUGGUCGAUAACGCAUACAUGUAUAUGCGUCGCAUUUUUCCCGACCGAACUCGGGCUUUCUGCAGUUCAAAGUUGGAAUGCUGUUUAACUAAGAAAAUCAGGGUAAGUCGCCUUUAGUUGAUGCCUUAAUGUAACAUGUCAUUUUUUUGUAGAUAUAAAUGAAUGUGAGCCAACAAAUGACUGCAUGCAAACGUGUGACAACUCUCAAGGAAGCUACAACUGUUCAUGUAAUCCCGAGCUUUUUAAAACAGACCCCAACGACUGGAGAAAAUGUGUAGGUAAGUACUGUCCAGAUACCUAGUCGUUCAAUGCUUUUUAAGAACAGCCUUGUAAAUAGAUUUAAUUUUAAAGUAUGAUUUAACCUACCCUGGAUGCCAGAGACUUUUCUAGCGCGGUUCCCGUUUCUGUCAAGUCUUCGUAUGGCGCGUUGAUGAUUAAGAAACGGUCCAGAUAAGAACGAUAGCAACAACGGCAACGAACAUGUUGGAAUGCAAAAAAGGUGCUAACUUUUCUAUUGUCUGUACUUACUUCUGAUUGGCUUAAAUAGCAAAAGUUAACAAAACUUCAUAAAGCAGUACAUAUAUUCAUCCUUACUUUCCAACUAUCUUCCAUUUAACAAAAUCUGGUCUCAGUUUGAAUAACAAAGAAAUCCUAUGUGGGGAACAUGUAAAAUUGUAAACUUUUCUUGGCUAUUGUUUUCAACUCUUGUGAUUGGUCAAAAUCUUUUAACACAGAAAACACCCUUUGAAAGUGGAGUGUAAAUGCAUUUUAUUGCGUAAACGGCCUUCAUUUAGGUUUAUGCAUUCUCUGUGUAAAAAUGAGAACUCUCCUAUGUGGGGAAAGCACCGUUGCCGCAUAACAAAAGAAAUUGCUAUCCACCUUACCCGGAUCAUUACUUAAUUGAGGAAAUCGUACUUUGUUUGUGAUCCAUUUAUGCUGUUUCAGUUAGCCUCCCUACAGACGUCCUCUGGGGUUCGUUCGUCACGCACACGUGGGGGAGAAAUGAAUGCGUGACGAACGAACCCUAAAGGACGUCUGCGGGGAGGCUACUGCUGCAGUAAGCAUAAAUUCCGCCGCGGCUACGAUAAUUAUAGCGAAACUUGCGAACCUUGCUCGUUUUGUCGCUAACAUUUUGAUUCAAAACAUUAUUCGAGUUUUGUUGUGUAUUUUAUCGCUAUAUAUUAUUUACAUUUGAGUUAUAUAUUAUUUAACUUUUUUCAAUAUAUUUUAGCUGUAUAUAUCAUUAAUUUUUUUGUAAUUGGAUUACCAUUAUGGGAUGCAGUAAGCAUGAACUUGAGCAAGACAAAUAUGUUGUACUCCCAAAAAACAUUUGAUCAUAUUACACCCCUACCUCCCCAUAACGGCCACCUUUCCAAAACGGCCACUUUCUCCUGUCCCCAAGGCGGCUCGGGUUCGACUGUAGUCGAAUAAGAUAUAACCAGAACGCUCUUAGAACCGUUUAGUCGAGCUUGUUCGGAGAUUAGAUAAGAAACGAGGAGACGAUUAAUUCUAAAUGAGAUAGUAUUUCCUCGCUCAACGUUUUUUGCGUCCUACUUUAUCGACGGUAGAGUUAAACUGCGAAAACAGCCGUUUCUCGUCGCUCCUCGCCGCUUGAGACGUUUCGCAAGGAGGAACGUCUGCGACUCAGCGAUAGAAAUUCCAUACUGAUGACGUAAAUCAAUGUUUACAUAAUAUAUCCGGUGGUCAUGGGGUUCCCAAUACAAAUUUGUUCAAUUUUACGUUUCUCCUGGUCGAUUUCGGUAAAGUGUUGUGUUCAUCUACGAACCAGCACCAGCAAAACUCAAAUGCUUCUUCUAGAGAAGACUAUAUUCCGCAAAUGUUGACUGUUUUGUUAUAGAUUCAUCGCAUUUACAUUUGACCUUUGCAGCCUUUUGUCUUUUGUCUGUUAUUCGUAAACUAAAGAUAAAACAAUGUAACUACUCCAUCGUCCAAUCAGCGCUUAUGACCGGAUUCCGGACAGAAUUUACGUCACCAGUGUGGAACUUCUGUCGCUGAGUCGCAGAUGUCCUCCUCGCUAAACGUCCCUACCCUCAGCGGCGAAGAGUGAGGGGAAAUGGCUGUCUUCGCAGGCUACGGUAGAGUAUUCUUCAGGAUAUUUACUUUUUAUAUCAUUUCCAGGGAGCAAAAACGUGAUGAACAUGGCGCGUCAUGGCAUCAAUCAUCGUCGAAAUAAACCGCAUGCUUAUCAGGCCUGACCAGUUAGCUUUGCUCAUUAACAUUCUACGGUGGCUCAUAAGGACAAAACACUUCCCAGAGUCCAAAACACUUCUCACCAUCCAAAACGCAUCCCAGAAUCUGGAUUCUGGGAAGUGGUUUGGAUUCUGGGAAGUGUUUUUGGAUUCUGGGAAGUGUUUUGCAUUCUGGGAAGUGUUUUUGAAAUCUGGGAAGCGUUUUGUCCUUACGAGCCACCGUAACAUUCUUCUUUUUUCCGACCAUUAAAGUAUUUACUCGUUUUCUAGUAAUCAACGCUUUCAAGCGAUAGAAUUCGUGGACUGACCCGUUCAGAAAAAGCUCGACAUCUGUCGCAUUAAAGGGACAGUGUCCCGAUUAUGCGCACGCGCGAGCGUCAUCUGUUUUUUCUUCAAAAGACAAUAGAAUUGUCAAAUUGACUCGACAAGAUUUCCUUCCGGACCACACCGCCGACAGAGAUUUGUUGUUUAUAUUCUCAAGUAAUAUUUUAGACUUUGGCUCGCGGUUCGAAGACUCAUUGCGAUUUUAUCGCUAGCUGGCCGCCUCGCGACCCGAAAAUCUCGUUCCGCUCGCUUUAAAAACAUAUUUUCUAAUUUGAAACUCGUGUCAGAGGUCAAUCGCUCAAAGUCCAGUAAAAUCUGCCUGAUUUGGUCGCGUUCUAGCCUCAAACGUUUGAAAGACAUAAAUAAAAAUGGAAUCUCAACGCUAUGAAUCAUCACAAAGGUUAGUCAAAAAUGAUAUUAUGAUUUCAUGUCACUAGUUUUUCAAAACAUGUAGCGCCUGUUUGUUUGAUUUUGUCGGCAGUAGGGAGAUUCAUUUAAAAGUUUACUAACGCGUCGUUGCAAAACAUUCUGAUUCGAAUUUAAAGAAUAUAGUUCAAAACCACUUAAACAUAGCAUUGUUCGUAUUUUAGUAUUUAAACGGUAGAAAAUCCCCUAAAAAUUCUUCAUCUGUUCGGAUUUCCUAGCUGAAAGUCUAGUGAUCCGAAAAUUAUAGGGAUCAAAACUCGCCUUUUCGAAAAUUUCAGGAAGAAAAAAGGCUCCUGAAAAUUCUAGGUGACCUUUUUAGGUAAAAAAUCCGUUAAAAAUAGGCAAUUAUACCAUUUUUUAGAUGUUCGAAAAUCCAAGAUCUCCUUACAACAAAUGUUCCGAAAAUUCUAGAUCUCAAAUCGUAUUCCGAACAGAUAUUUUUCCGAAAAUUGUCGUUGGGUGCCCCUGAUCUCCUCAGUCACAUCAAUGUCUCAACUGUUUCUUUCUUACAGUCUUUAUUGCUGCUGUUUCAUUUCUUCGUAUUCCUUUCACAAUUAUCUGAGCUUGUAUGGAAGCUAGCAGAAGAAAUAAGCCUUCAAUCGGCAUCAAAGUGCUUCCAAUCUUUUGGUCCUCCGGCCAACGGCAAUAAAAGUAACGCCAAAAAAUCCAGAUUUUGCCCAAAUCGAAACUUAACAGGAACAAUAUAUCACUGAUCUAUAAUCCUGAGAAGUUUUAGUGUCGUGUUUAACCCGGCCAAACGCGAUGCAAACGGAUUUUUCAAGAUUCUCUUACUCUCCUCGCAUCUUUUGAUUUCGCGACAUCCUGUCCAAAAAUCAAAGUUCGGUGCAUGCGCAGUAACGGGAUACUGUUCCUUUAAGUUCCUAAGCUUUCUGCACGAAACAUGCAUGGAGCGAUUCUCAUCCCCAGUUUCCACGGCCUCUGCUAGGAACGCCUGGAACCAUGAACUCCGCCCCUCCCCCUUCCCCGGCGUACACAAACGAAAUAAAUAUUCUGAAGAAAACUCGACCUUCGAUAAAGUAAGACGUGAAAAAUUUUAGCGGGGAAAUCCUGUUUCGACCAGAAUUAACCGCCUUCUUAUUUAUUAUCUAAUUUCCAAGAAAGCUCGACUUAAGAGCCAAUGUCGGAAAAUAUCGAGAAUCUCAAAUCAGUUCUAAAAAUUCGAAUUUUGGCUAAUACCACCCAAACAACCCUUUAGGUGAACUAUUUCAAGAAAUGAUAUUAAGAAAUCCUCAAGUGCUUUACAUCUUGAGAAAUUUGGAAAAGUUCGCGAAAUUGUUGCAAAUUUCAAUAAUUUUCAAGGAAGCAGUUUAAGCGUUAUGAUUCAUGAUUGCGACUUUUUGUCAAGUUCAUUUUUACUAAACUUAAUCUAUCCAUCUGACCUUGUUGGUCGAUAGUUUAUUGGGGCAUUUCGUAAACAGCUCUUGAAGCCUUGUGGACUUGACCUGCCGGAAGCAUUUUUACUUCCGAGUCCAUGCAGAAUUUAAAAAUGAUCACCAGACGCGAUUUUCAGUUGCUCGUUUUUCAGGGUUUUUUUUCUUUUUGUAUUUUUCAACGGACAAUUUCGCCUUUUGAGCUUUUCAGAUAGCAAUACCUGUUGACAUGCCGAAAUUUUCAUCAUUUCUCAACGCUUUGCUGGGCUAGAAAUAACUUUGGUGUGAUUUUCUCCUUCAUAUAAACGGUUUCCGCUUUGUUUUCAUUUCACGUUCUUGUCGCUUACGGUAGCCCAAAGAGCUAUAUUUAAAUCUUAUUUUUUGCAAGCGUUUAAAUUCUCAGAGCUGAAACUUCAGAGCUAGUUAAAAGAAUCACAGCUCUCUUAUUUAGUCUAAUCAUAUUUUAAAUUUGAGGCAAACUAGCAUCGACUUUUUGCGGUCAGUUAAAGUUGGGCGUUGUUUCGACCGCUAAAACAGUAUACAAUCAAGGUGCAAGCAAUGAAAGCCCAAAACUAUAUUAGAAAACUUAUUUUGCGAGACAUUUUUAUGCAGUCUUAAAGCUCUGAGUAACUGGUAAAUGCGUGUGCAACAUCAAGUCAAUAAGAGCUUUUGCGCGCUUGUACUGCUUCCUUGAAAAUUGGUGAAAUUUGCAACAAUUUCGCGAAUAAAAAAAUGUAUUUCUAUCGAAUUUUCGAACUUUUCCAAAUUUCUCAAAAUGUAAAGCGAUUGAGGAUUUCUUAAUAUCAUUUCUUGAAAUAGUUCACCUAAAGAGUGGUUUUUGUGGUAUUAGCCAAAAUUCGAAUUUUUAGAACUGAUUUGAGAUUCUCCAUAUUUUCCGACAUUGGCUCUUGAUGCUUUUAAAUGCGUCCUUUUUUAAAAAAAAUGUCUGUAUAUUUUUUUAAAACCAUUGUUUAUUAUCCAAAUCACCAGUAGAUCAUGGCAUCUAACUUCGAAGGAACAAUAUUUAAUUUUUUUUUACUUUGUUCAUUCGUAGCCAAGAAACCUUGCUCUUCAAAUCCUGGCUGUGACCAUGUUUGCUACACCAGCGACGACCAACCAUUAUGCGCAUGCUUCGCUAACUACGAGCUACAGAGUAAUGGAAAGACAUGCAAAGGUACUGGGUCAGUCAGUUUAUUCCGAAACCGUUUAAGCAUCUCUCUUCUAUGAGAUAACUUGAUUUCUCGGUUCGCAAACUUAUUUCAGACUCAAUUUGAAAUGGUAGACAAAAUCCUCUUAGCAAUAAACAAGCGAAGAUAGAGCAUCAGAAAGUCGCGAUUUUCAAUUCGCGUUUAUAAAGUCAAAAUAUUUUGUGCAAUCAAAAUAGGCUAAAAGAACUGAACUCCAACAAAAUACGCGUGACUGGCGAAAGUGGCGGACAAUAAGAAUAUAGCUUAAUCACGAACUUGCCUUUGAGGCUUUACCGUCAAGUAUCUACAAUUAUUUGAAGACACCAAGAAUAUAUACAUACACUCAACACCAACUAAAGUGUGUAGGCGGGUUUCGAGUCUUCUCCUAACUGGUCAAAAGAAAGUGGUGUUUUUUGUCUUAGGAUUGGCUGUUACGUAUACCUUUGGACGAUUUUCUAAGAAUAUAACGAUGUCUCUUCUCAUAGCCAAUCAGAACUUGUCGUUAUCGGUUUAUCAUUUGCGUGCCAGUGCUUUUUUUCUUUUUUUUAUCUUUAUAUAUAACACGCUAGAGCGAACAGUAGCCCAAUAGGCGACGUACAAAUAUUUACAGUGUAGUUCAAAUAUAGAAAAAAUUACUACAUUUGACACCUAAUAGAUCAAUCAGUGGUUCUCAGCUGCUUACACCACAGUGUGAGUGCAUUAAAGCAAUCCAAAGUCAACAGAACAACACAAUACGAUUGCUUUAAUCUCACAGGAAAAUACACUUCGAAACGCAUACAGAAUUCAAGACUCGAUUCCACGAUUACGACCGACACUUGCGAUAAAAAACGAUAGUUAAGCGAUGGUAUAUGAGCUUGUCCCUUUACAACUGUGAGUACUUGAACUUCUGCGUAGCUUGUAUUAGACUUGUACCACAAGAUGAACGAUAGCUGUACGAUUUGUACGGUUUCGUAAACUAUAAAACAAAAAGUAAAUAUCAAUAAAUACUAGAAAAACCUAGUAAAGAAAAAGGGCGAACUAAAAACUUACUAUUGUUUCCUCUAUAACGCCGUAAAAGAAAUGAUAACCGUAAAAACUACGUUUCGAAAUAACGACUUCACCGUAAGACAUUUCUUUCCAUCGAUCGAGCACAUGGAUUCCUUCUUCCCGUGACGCGUUGCGAGGCGGCACGCCAAGGCGUGCGUGACAUUACGCGUGCGCUCCCUUAGUCACAACGUAACGGCAGUAACACACAGAAAAAGAAAAAAGCGAAAAAAGUUUGGAACUAAACAGUCAACAGUUUCCAUUUCUACUCAACUUUGCGGGAGGAACUUGAGCAGCCAGCUCUCAAAAGAUUGAAUUCCCGUGACAUUUAUGAUGCCAACGACGCUGUCUGUUACAGUCCGUUGAAUUUAUUGCUUCGUAACAUUAUAUACAUAUUUAUCUUGUCAGACAUCGAUGAGUGCGACCCAGACAAAUCUCUUCAUCGUUGCAAUCAGAUUUGUGAAAAUACUUUAGGAAGUUACAACUGCUUGUGUGAAAAGGGAUUCGAAAUAAGCAGAGAUGGAUACACGUGUGAAGGUAUGAAGGCAGUGUGUGCUAUUAUAACUUACUGCCGUUCUAACUUUAAUAUACUCCAACUUCACUCUUUGACUUCAACUGAGGAUAUAAAAUUGUAGAAUACCUUUAAUUUAAUUUCCACUCGAUUAGUAGUUUACUACCCAAGUCCCAAGUUAUAUUCUCGGGCGAUGAAGGAAAGUGGUUUUAUUUUUUGUGGUUUAAAUGCAAUUAAAUUUCGUCCGACAUCAAACCACCAUGUUUUUGCGGCCUGGUUUCCACCGGUAGAUGUCAGCAGAAGCCAGGUUACCCGGAAUUCGCGGCAAAAAAUUCGUGACAUCACUUUCUUAGCCGGUCGGCUCAUACAUCACGACUAAUUUAUCAAACCUCUCUUGAUUGAUUUCCUGGUUCUCCUCUACUUAUAUUUAAUUAAAUGCGCUACUGUUUUCGAAAGUCUUUCAUUUUGAGAAGUCGCUGUCCUGUCCAGGAGAGAAGCAACCGCUUCAAUGCAGUGAAUUGCGCUAUACAGAUGCGGGUCUGACAGAGAAAAUAUAUGAUGUGUAGGUCCGAAAAAAGACAAAUGAUGCUAAACCCAAGCCUUCACACCUCUUCAGCUUUCUACUGCAACAUGCAAUCUGUAUAACUAACUGGAUCCAAAACAUAUAUAUAUAUAUAUAUAUAUUCAAUGCUCUUCAAUUAAAUGAAUUGAGCGCUCUACGGAAUACGUUCUACCCAGAAUACAAAUAUUUAUAUAUAUAUAUAUAUAUAUAUAUGAGCUUCUUAUCUCAUCGUGUUUUUAUUAGAAGAGAAAAAUAUUUUAAAGGAAAUAAAGGGAGAUGUAAAGAAUAAACCACAAGAGGACACAGAAAAAAUCUGAGCCCAAGAUAGGAUUCGAACCCACGACCCUCUGAGGACUCGCUGGCGAGCAAGGGUCAUUUUUUUAGCUCAUGGAUGACGUAGUCAUGCCAUGGGCUUUUGGAGGCACUCGAAUGGCACUCGAUCACUCACUCACUCACUCACUCACUCGAUUCUCAUUAAUUUAUUCAUUAAAGUCAAAUUAAACACUUCACUGUUACCUCCCUUGCUUAGUAUUACUUUUGUUCCAAGUGCCUUUUACGCAUAUGUUUGGCAUAUUCUACAGGGUACUAGUAAGGGGUACAUUUUUUUCCCCACACAAAAGAGUAGCCAGCCGAAGAUGGGUUUUGCAUGAAUGGAAAUAUUCUAAAGACCACUGACCAUGUCAUCUGCAUGGAAGAUGGACUUGGAAUUGUUAAAAGGACGUUGAAAUAAUUGAGCGUGGAUCAUUAUUGAAUAUUUGGACGAAUUGUGCACAUUUGUUCCAGAUAUUACUAGAUAUGGAGAAGAUGCGAUCGACAGGAGUGUGAAAGAGCUAUCGAAGCCUGACGAUGGGAUUUCGUUCAGCGAAAAGCGAAUAAGAUAAGCCAAAGAGCCUUAGCUACAAAGAAAAGAUCCUCGAAUUGUAAAGCGACGUUGACCUUCACAUGAGGAAGCAAAUUAUUUUACAAGUAAAAAGCGCCAUAAAAUGCUGCGCUGAUAACAAGUUUCUAGAAUAUUCAGGUGCACAUGCAAUCGGAUAUUCGACUGUGUCGGGUUUGGAUUCCUAAGGUCAGAACACGUACAGCUUCGCGCAAGGAUAAAGUGAGUGCUAUAUAGAGAUGCCAAAAAGUUACCGAAGAAAUGCUGACGAAAUAUGAAAUGAUUUUUAAAACCGACACUGUAUGCCAAAGACCAAAUGCUAUAAAGAAUGUGAACAUGAUUUAUCAACUAACCAACACUCAGAGAAAGUCAUGAAAUAUAAAAACAACUCAGGAGGAUCUUUUCCGGAAGUGAAUAUGUUACAAUGCCCAAGCAGUUUAAAACAAGUGAAUUUCAAAAUGGAAUGUUUCUCAAGCCCUCCUGAGUUACUAUAAAUACAGAGGUGAUAAUUUUCAAGAUUCGGUUGUCAACAAUAACGAAAUUUAAUCAUGAAAUUCAAGAGCAGUGGCACUUUGCACCCAUGCUCGUUUACGGUUCAAUUCAUCCAUGAGCUCGCUCCUAAGAGCCUUUGAUUUGUGGGUUGGACUUACGAACCGCAUCAUGCAGUCUCAGAGUCCAUCACAAGCUAACACAUUAAGGCUUAACUGCAUCACGCAGUCACAUGAAUUGACCACUUCAGAAAUACCAUAACAUACCAUAAUGCUCUUUGUUUUGCACCCCAAAAUUUUGCAUAAGCAUUGUUUUCAGUUUCUCUUGGGGCCAUUUUCAGGGGCACCCAAUGGAUCUGUUCCUCAAAAUAUCUGUUCUUCAGGCAUAUUUUUGCUGGCUGGGAGAUGUGAAAGAAAUAAUAGUCCUUGGAAGGAAAGUGUUGCUGGGAAAAAGAUAAUUCAGGGUGUCAGAGGGGAUUUGAAGUCUAGAAUAGCUGCCACGGGUUACUUGUAUGGGUUACUUACCACUCAAGAUCUGAAUAUUGUGCCCUAUGAAACUUCCCAGUAAGUCAGGUUGCAGGUUGUAAGGUUGCUGGCUGGGAACUUUUUCAUCAGUCUUGCUGGGAGUGAGGAACAGAUAAUUUUUUUCCAGCAAUCUCCCAAAAUGCUUAAAAUAGUCUCAGAAAACUUCAUUCACGCUUUGUUGUUGUUUUUAGGUCUUUUUCUCAAAAUUUCCCGUUGGGUGCCCCUGCAUUUUAACUCCCAAGAGAAUCUGAAGACAAUGCUUAUGCAAAAUUUUGGAGUGACAAAUUAUGGUAUUUCUAGAGUGGUCAAAAGCAAGAAAUGCCUUGCCUAUGAAGAAGCCUCCAACCAACCAACCUAUACCACUGCCAGAUAUAUAUAAUGUUAUAAAGACAUCUCCCUUUAUUUCCAUAAAUAGAUAAUGAGUAGUUCAACUGAUUACCUGCCCUUUUUUUUUUCUUUUAAUGCAGAUGUCAACGAGUGUGUGAAUGAUGAUUUAUUCAAUUGCACGGAUGAGUUUCACAUUUGCGUUAACACUCGUGGCUCGUACAAGUGUGAAUGUGGUCAAAACCUGUGCUUUAUUGAUGGAAAAUGCAGAGGUAAUAUACCAGUUCAGAGGUAAUGUGUCAGUACAUAUGUUGUCAAAGCUCAAGUCACCAAGACUACACUCCGCUCGGAUUAAGAUCACAUUCCUCUUACUUAUGUUAUUGUUCCUGGGCUCAAACCAUUCAUAAUGAGCAAAGAGGUGAGAAUGAUUAUUUUGGGACUUGAGCCCGUUACACUGUCCGCCUCCGCCUCCCGCCUCCCGCUCCCCCUCCCCCUCCCUCACUUUCCCUUUCUCUCUAGCAUCAGCAAAGAUGCUCACCUGUAACUCUCCUGAAAAUAAACGGUGGUUAAUUGAUUUACAUACGCUGACCGCGCAGGCAGCCUUGAACUUUAGUUUCCACUUAUGCUAAAGCUACUAACAAGCCAUCCUUAUCCUGUCUUUGUUGUAAAUUGAAAGCUAUUUGAAGAUCUCGUGGCAGAAUGAUAUUGUUCGUUUUUCCUGUCUGCAGCCACAGAAUCAUGUGAUCCUCCGCUUCCGCCGCAUAAACAGGCAAAUACAAAAGAAAAGGAAAAUGCUGUAGAGAUUACGAUUGCAGCGAGCAACGAAGUAAGUGAAACAUUUUCCCGCCUGUUUAGUCAGGGACCCUUAGUAUGAAUGAGUAUUGGUAAUGCAGUGCUGCAUGAGUAGAAUGAAGUGAUUGGCUGACGUCUUAAGCCACCAGGGCAAAAAGUAAUACAUCUCGAAGCUUCAUCUGCAGAAACUGGGUUAAACCUCCCCACCGGACUGACCCUCAUAAAGUAAACUAAACUUCAAUUAACCCUGCUUUACGGAAACCCGCGUAAUACCCCCGAGAAAAGCCUAAACCUAUUUUUGUUAAAUUCAAUCCAAUUAAAACGGACCACGUUAAUGCGGACAAAGAUUACGUUUUUUUUUGUUGUUGUUGUUGUUUUUUUAACAAUCAACAGAUUCUCGCAGAAUGUUAAAUAUUUUUAGUUUAACUUACGUUUGCGUAGCCUUUUUUGCGCUUUUGCACAGAAGGGACUACGCUGGGUGCGCUUGUCUGCCACUCAACGGAGAAGCUUUGGGAAUUAGUAAUAUUCAAAUACUGAUUUACGAUCUUCUCAGUAACAUAAAAGGGGAAAAGGUGUUUGCGCGGAAUCAAUAUUGGAGUUCUUUAUAAAAAUUAAUUAUAUCAGCAUCAAACCCUAGUCAAGUAUUUAUAUUAAGUCCGAAGGUUCUGUCGACCAAUGCCCUAACAAAACCAAUUUGUGACGUAAAGCGGUGAGGCUAAAAGUAAUUGGUUAAAAUUCCCAUAACCUUUUUUUGCGAAACACAGUCCACUGUGGUUUUAAGAUGUGACUAUCACCUUUCUUUAUGUUAUUGUCGACUGCCUUUUGUAGUCAACGCUUUUAGAACUACAGGACUUCGAAAUUUUUGUUUUAUCGACGAUAUUUUACUAUCAUUAAAAUGGUGACCAUUAGUUUUGGGUUUUUGAGACAGAACACGAUGUUGAAUAAUUUUUCACCUUUAUGCAGCUGUAUUUCUCGGCGUUGGGAGGUUUAUUUCCAAAAGCGUUUUUGGGAGCUUAUUGCACCAAUAACUGCCUCUGGGUUCGUAAAGUUUGAGGGGGUUAACGAGAUAUUUUGGGAUGAAAUUUUUAUGUUAAGAAACAUAGUAAAACGUGCAACGACCUUAAUGAUUGGUCAAUUUCUAUAUAAAACCAAAGCGCUUUCCAAUGCCAAUUCACCUCUUAGUAGUUAUAUUUCAUUUAAAAACGAGUGUGAAAAGAUCAUGGAGUUAUUGUAGCUUUACUCCACUAAAACCUCCCACAGAGACGUUCUCGGGUUCGUCACGCGUUCCUACCUCACAAAGUGGGGCAGGAACGCGUGACGAACCCCUGAGAACGUCUUCGCGUGAGGCUGCCUCCAGUAUUGCUAGAAAGCGCAUUGCGGUGCAUUACGGUGCUCUUGUUGGCGUUUUUGUUAUUGUGGCCUAUUUUAACAAAUGUGCAAAUAAUUUGAAAAUUGAUAUUCUCGAGAUUAAUCAUCGGUUUAUAUGACUUUUGAGUUCCAAGUUCAUUAAAAGCUUGAACUCAUGUCAAUAAAAAAUGGACUCCUGUGCGCUGAUGGUUCUGUUGCAAAUUUUGUCUUUUCAAUAAGGGACGGACCAUUAGAAAAGUGAUGGGGUGGGGGGGGGGUGGGGAAAAAAAACAAAAAAUAUUCAUGCAAGAGAAAAUGCCAAGAAUUCAUGCAAAGGAGAAGGUAAAGAAAAAAAAUUCAUGCAGAAGGAAGGUCCAAUUGUGACUUUUUCAUAAAGUCUGAGUUUCCGAAAUCAACAGUAUUACCAGACACAAUAUGAAUAAACAAAAAUCACUUCCUUCUUAUGAAAGGAGACCAUUAUAUUAGAACCUUGUUUUUGUUUUAAAUUGCAGCUAGUGUACCUACAACAUACACUGUAUACUGUAUUAUAAUAAAAAUAAUAAAAUAAAAUUUGUAAUAAAUAAAUAUUAGAAUUUGGUAGCUUUGUAAAUAUUCUAUAAAAUUAUUUGUGCCCACAAAAAGAUACACCUACGCUAUUGGUCCCUUUUGCAGCCAAUGGCAAGUUAGUAUUUUCGAUCCCAGCCACCAGUAUUUAAACAGCCUGCUUCGCUCUUUGUACCUAAGACUUUAUCAUAGUAGCAACUGACGAGAAAUGCUAUAGUUUCGAAACUGCAGUCUUGCGUAAGAAUUCAUUGCAGUCGCAUAGACGACUGUUAAGCAAAAACUUAAGUAAAUACCUUCGAAGGCACAACAAGGCAUCGCGCUCUAGUUCAAAGACUCACUUAUGUUAAGAAAAACUAAAUGGACUGUGUGAGCGCUAAGAGAAUUAUCUUGACUGACGCACGGCAUAUUUCUCCAAACUUGGUGUAGCUUUAGUUUUAGCUACAAUGUACAACUCAAAUCUGAAGAUCGCACUAUCUGUGGAAAUUCAAAAUCCUGCAAACCACAGUACAGAGCUGGGCCCAGAGUCAUACUCACAUGGCAGGAAAUAAUCACAUUCACGGACAAAGAAACUUGCAUGCAUGCAUAUAGUUAUUCAGGUACAGUCAUUUCCGAGAAAACCAAAAAAACUAAAAUCUUUAUUCAUCCGUAAUAAACAGAGUUCAAAGGAUAUAAAACACUUUACAACUGCAUCUGAAAUCAAAUCCUAUCAGGGACACCUACAGAAGCAUAAACCACAGGAAAUGAUUACUCAGUAUGCAUGUAACAAACCGGCUUCAUGACCUCUAAAUAUGAGACUUAGUGGAGCAAAAACAAGAUUUACUCAGUCAAAGUUUAGAGUGCUACUAUACACGUCUUGCACUGUGUAGUGCUAGUAAACUUCGCGCGAGAGAAAAAAAGAAAGAGAACCACUGUUCAAGCAGACUCUCAAAAUCACGUUUCACUUUAUCACGAGCUUAUGAGUUGUGUUUGGCCUAUCAACGCUUAUUUCUUGCUGUUUUGGUGAAUGGAGUAUGGCAUCAUUAUGAUCGGCUGUAGGAGAGGAAUUCCAGAGGGCAGGGACUGAAAAAAUGCACAGGGAAGCCGUCCACUCCAAGUGGCUUCCUCUUCUCUCACUAGUCUCACCGUGCGUACAUUUUCUAAAAGAUUUUGCAUUAAAGUGGCCUGUAUCCUUUGUUCUGUUGUGAGUGUAGAAUAAUUUAUAAAGCCCAAAAACGUAGAUAAUGAUUCAAGAUUUCACUGUUCAAAAAAAAGCAAUAUUUGUCUGAAAAAAAAAAUUCGUGCAGAGGGGUUCACCUGAAAAAAAAAUUCCUGCAAGCUGAAAAUUCCCCCCCCCAUCACUUCUCUAAUGGUCCGUCCCUAAUAUAUCUUGAUUACGCUCACAUAAAUUUUGCUCAACUUGAGGAUAUUGUGACAGCUAUUGGAGGAACAAGCUCCCGUGAAAGAUUUUGGAGAAAAAAACCUCCCAGUGCCGAGAAAUAACUCUGCAAGUAAAAUAGGUAAUGACGUCACUACGUUGCAAUGGCAACCCCGAUGUCAAUAAAACACUAAUCAUUACAAAUUUUCAUCUUUGACUGAAACAGUUAUGGUGAUAGUUUUCCUAAUGUAUAGCUUUGUUAAUGGCGACGUAGUUAAUGUUCAAACUUGAGAGGUAUUGUACCUAAAAAAUUGAGUAGAGCCACCUUAAUACAAGAAUACCGUUAAUGCGGCCACUUGUUAUGGUUGCCUCAGUGUCCGUAUUAAAUUAUGCAUGUAAACAAGUAUUCACCCCAACUUAGGAAAGACAUAAUUCAGUGGUAUUUGUAAAACCUAAAAGUAGUGUGCAUUCCAAACCACAGUGGCUCGCCGUAAGUCUUCAUUUCUUAUAAAAAAUGUAGAAAUUUGCUAACCCAUGUUUGUUACAAAAUCAUCUUUUUCUACAGUUCAAAUGGGAUUUCAAUACUGACAAGUCUUUCAAAGAAAAAACAGCUGUAGUCACCACCAGCUACUGUACAGAGAACAGGACAGAAUGUGCACUGAAGCAGGAACCGCGUUUCAGGUAAAUACAUCGUACAUACGUAGUGCCGUUCCUUCCACAUAACAGCACGGUUAGCUCAGUUAGAAGAGCGCCGGUAAACAAAGUGGAAAGUCAAGGGCUUAAAUCCUAAGAGGAACUUCAACCAUGGAUUUUUAAUAUUUUGAUAACAUCUCUCCGGCUGCAAACCGGCUGCAUCUUGUCUCACUUUAAGGUUGCGACGUUGAGCCGCUGACAUUGUUUCCUUUGGAGUUCAACGUUGCUACGGAGGAUGAAAGCACUGGCUUCUCACCAAUGUAGCGUGGGUUCGAACCUCGGCGUCGAUGCCAUAACCUGUAUAGUAUUCGUUUCCGUUUCCUAAUAGCCAAACGAGAGGAACUGUGGUCGUUUCUUCCGAAACUAGAUCGCCUGACAGCGUUUCGCCCAGACCUAAGUUGGCUUGCCCGAUAACAUACAACACUCUGACACACGAUGAACGUACUUAUCAGAGAUGUUUAGUAAAGCUUGGAUUCCACAUGUGCAGUCACUGUCCUUCCAUGCUUAUUCCUUUUUCUCAGGUUUGAAGAACGACAAAUACACAUCGGGCGAAACGACUUAGUCUGGGUGAACUGCCAUCGGGCGAUUCGACUAAAUGCAGAGAAAACGCAAACGAUUGCUUCGCAAGUUAAAGCUCAUCCUCGGUGUAAGAACCUGUUAACCUCACGGGUGACUUAGGGCCUGUUUACAUGGAGGUGGGGGACCCCAGGUAGGUGAGGUAACCUGCUUAGGUGAGGUAAAAAAAUAACCCUCCUUUACAUGCAAUCUUACAACCCCGCCUUUUCGGGGUGCACUUUCUCAAGAUUAUUGAAUGGUCGCUAAGCACGUAAACAAGAAAAAUGCUGGCAAACCACGAGUUUUGGCGAUAAAUGCACUUCUUCACUCACUUGUUGCUCUUGCUGCAACCCGUCAGUGCAAUAGCUUUCUAUUGUUAACUUUAAUCAUAAUGCAAAGACACCGCGAAAGUGAAUUUUGCGCGAAUUUGAUGUAUCACGAAUCCGACCCCGGCCAGGCGGGUUACCCCACCUUGAAACGUUUACAUGACAAAUUGUGACCCCGGCUGAGAGGGUAACCCGGUCUGGUAGACCGGGCUACCCGCCUUGGCGGGUCACCCCACCUAUCAUGUAAACGUGAUCAAAUGAAAAUGAGAGAUUAUAUGGACAGGCGGGUUACCCCACCUAAGCGGGUUAUCUCAGCUACCUGGGGUCCCCCACCUCCAUGUAAACAGGCCCUUAAAUAAAGAAAACAAAGAACUAAACACAAUAGAACCUAGAAAAACAAAAGGCGCGAACAAAGAAAAAGUUCACAGGUUCUUACACCGAGGUAAAACCCAGGUUAAAUGUAGGUAGAGCUCUUUGUAAGUUCUCUUCUCUGCUUUAAGAGGUUUUUCUCCGACUAUUCCUGGUUUUCAAUCUCCUUAAAAACCAACAUUUCCCAACUCAAAUUCUAUCCGGAAUCCGGAAUAUGGUAGACGAAUAGCCACUAACUGGAUAUGUUAUCACUAAAUCAUAUUUAUAUAUGUAUUUAAUGGUCCAAGGUGACAAGAAUCACCCCACCCCACCUCCCCUCCCCCCUAAAUAUUAUUUUCAAAAUAAAAGUCACCGGAAUUAUAUGUUUUAUGAGCUGCAUUUGUAUGGAUUACCAUGGGCUCAAAUCAGUGCGCUUCGCCCGUUUACGGUUACCUUGGCAAUAAGCACUUGUAAGGAGAACAAAAGAGCGGAAUUAAAGUUAAGUAUUCGCUUAUUUGUUGGUUUUUAGACGUGCUCUUGAUUUUGAACUCUACACUGCUGACUAUGUCCACCUUCUGCCUGGGUAUCCUAGAAACGGCUCAGUCUCUCGCGCUGUGGCUUUUUACGUACAGCAGCCGCCAGGAUUAUUUAUCGGAAAUAACUCAGUAUUACCUAGCAACACUUUGGUUGAUAUCGUCGCAUUAUACAAGUCUGAGCUUGAGGGUGCAAUUGGGGCAACCAUAUCCAGUGUAAAAGCUCUCUUCACACCAACCGGAACGACGACGACAACAAGAAUACCUAUCGAGGAAAGUGAAAACAACAACUGGAAAUGGAUUGUAAUCGGUGUUAUUGUUGGAAUACUUUUCAUCAUUCUGAUUAUUGCCUUCGUAUUUUGGCGGUAAGUUUUCUGUGUAUAUUUCCUGGCAGCAUUCGAAUACAUUCGUCUCUUCUCGCUUCUGUUAGGGCCGACCAUUUAACUCUUGACAGGGGGGGAGAGGGGGUGAUUUUGAAAAAAAAUUUCCAGCAAGCGCUUGUCCGAAGAAAAAAAUUGCGUGCAGCACAAAUGUAAUAGAAUACUUAUGGGGAAAAAAGGGAAAAAAAUAUCCUGCCCACCAGAUUGCUAGAAAAAAAUUCUUGAUGAUCAGAAAUCACCCACCCUAAACCCUUCCCCCCUCAAGAGUUAAAUGGUGGCCCCUUAGCUCCCUUAGAGAGGAGAGACGGAUAGCUGUAUUAGCAGGCUAACUUCCUUAUCAGUUUUUCAUAUAACAGUUAUUAAAAACAGAUACUUUUUAAUCUCACUGGACUGUGAGCAACUGUGGUACUACGCCCAGCUCAUGUAUUAUGAAGCAAACAAGAGUGCACUGUUGGAAAGUGUGCAUGUUUGUCACGUGCGGAUUUUGGAGCCAUGCAUCUAAAUGCAACAAUACAUAUAGGUCACCCUGAGUUGUACAUGUUCCAUUACAAUAAAUUUAAUAAAUGCCUCAAGAUUACAGACGCUGUACUUGUUUUUUUUUUACAAGCAAUAUUUGUGCAAGUGUUGUGAGCUUUUAGGCAAUUCGAUGAGCAGAAAAGCAAGGAAUAAAAUGAUCUACAUGAUCACAUAGAAUUAUUAGGGACGUUUAGAUCCAACGACGCGACGGCAACGAGAACGUCCCCUAAAAAGUGAAUUUGCGUUCCUUCAGUCUUAGUAGCGAUUAUUCCUACCCAUUUACUUUGUCAAAUGUAGGCGAACCCUCCCGAAGUUGAAUUUCAAGGGACCAUAACCAAGCUCAGAAAGAGAAAUAAAAUUUCGUCGUUGCUUGUUUACGUCCUCCAUAAACGCAAAAUUAGGCAUUUUCACGUCGUAGUCGUGCAAAAACAGGAAAGAAAUGUACAAAAAAGCGUUAUAAACGUGCGAAGUUGUUGUUCUGCUUAUUAAACCAGUUGUUUUUUUGACGUUCUCGUUGCCGACUGCGUUGUUGGAUCUUCAAGUCCCUAUUACUGAGGUAGGGGACAUCGUACAAAGGAAAUGAAUCUCUAGUAUGAUUCAAAAUAUCUCACUAAGCUGGCGAAUUAUCGUGGGGUACACUUCGACGGACCUAAAGCUGUUACUGACCCAACAUAUUCGUUCUCUUUCUUCUUUAGUAUAAAGAAGAAGAAACCUUUAAAAGUAAAACCAGGCUCAGAUGAGGUCCCUGAAGACGCAAUCAUCAUGGAAAGUUACAAUACUGCAUCAAGUCGUGAACGUCUAACUGCCUGGAAGUGA